GAGAGACGGGUUGUGCUGUCCGUGCUGUGUGUCACUUUGUGCUCCCCGGAGAGAGAGACGGGUUGUGCUGUCCGUGCUGUGUGUCACUUUGUGCUCCCCGGAGAGAGAGACGGGUGAGAAAGUGCGUGAACAACCGGACCGGUAACCGGAAAUAAUAAUGGACAUGGCGGGACCCGCCAGUCAUCAGCAACGGAAAGUUGCUCCAGGUUGGAGUCCCGUGAGUCUGUCUGACUUUACCGAAGAGAACGAGAAGGGAAAAAUUCCAAGUCUUCACGGCAACUUUUCAUUCCAGAGAGAGUUGGGACAUCUUUAUGAUUAUUGUGGAAUGCUGUUGUCUAUUUAAAUAGUGCUCCGUUUUUAUUUAUUUGUUUUUAUCGGUAACUGCUCCGGUGGACCUAGAGCCAUGGCGUUAUCGCAGAUCCAGUGUUUGGAUGAGAAUAACGUGAACCUCCGGACGCAUGAAUCCAAACCGGACUUUUUUUAUUCCGAGGACCAACGAUUAGCGCUCGAGACGCUUCUCCGGGAUGGACGCGAUGCCUUUAACAAGUUCCUCCACGCGACCAGUCUCCGGUGUUUCCUGUCGGACCAGGAGGUGGACCAGUUGACCGGGUCAGUGGAGGUGUACGACCCGGCAUCGGAGCUCCGUCAAGGUGACUCAGUCAGUGAUGAACUCCCGCUGUCUCUCCAGUACUGGCCGGAGCUGUCUGACUGCUCGCUCCCGCGGCUGGAUCUGGGCUGGCCGGACUGCGCGUCCUACAGAGGAGUGACUCGCGUCACUGUGUACGCGCAACCGCCACUGGACGGCCACACGCACAUCAAAGAGAUGGUCAGGAAAACCAUCGCGCAGGCGCAGAAGGUGAUUGCGGUGGUCAUGGACCAGUUUACAGACGUAGAUAUCUUCAGAGACCUUCUGGAGGCGUGCUUUAAGAGGAAAGUGUCUGUCUACAUCCUGUUGGAAAGAGCAGCGUUACCUCACUUCCUGUCUAUGGCCGAGAGGGCCGCCAUGCACCCGGGACACCUGAAGAGCCUGCGUGUGCGUGUGUCAGGGGGAGCAGAGUUCUUCAGCAGGUCGUGUACCAGGGUGAGAGGACGGCUGGGUCACAGGUUCCUAUUGAUAGAUGGAGACAAGGCUGUUUCUGGAUCGUACAGUUUCACCUGGACGGCGUCUCGUUUGGACAGACACCUGGUCACCUUGGUAACGGGCCAGGCGGUUGACUCCUUUGACCAGCUGUUCCGUGACCUCUACCUGACCUCCAGCGGGGUCGACCUCCGCAGGGUCACCACGGAGACGGAACCGGAGCCAGAGCCCCUCCCCCGGGCCACCCCCGUCGCUUCUCUCUCCGCAGCUAACGCCAGGAAGCUGUUCAGCCCUAAAUACGCCGUGGUGAUCGGCAACGCUAACGCUACCAGCGCCGGCCCCGUCUCCUCCGGAACCCAGAACUCCAACUCCCAGAACCCCCUGAAAACAAAGGUGCGUGUCCGGGAGCCAGUGGAAGCUCCGCCCCUCCACCCGGGAUUGGCCUGUCUGGAGAAAGCGUACCUGAUUCCGUACCUGCCCACCUGGCCCGAACCCGACCCCCCCAGAGAUGUCAUCGGGUUCAUCAACGUGCGGGACGCGUCACGGUCGACCCAGGUGCACCUGCAACGCUCCGAGAGGUUUGAAACGAGCCAGGCUAUACGGUUCAGCAGUCCCUUUACCCUGCCCAAUGAGGAGACACUUCCUGACAGGGCUGUGCCUAGACCAACCCCUACCCCUAACUCUACCGCUACGAGCCAGGCUAUACGGUUCAGCAGUCCCUUUACCCUGCCCAAUGAGAAGACACUUCCUGACAGGGCUGUGCCUAGACCAACCCCUACCCCUAACUCUACCCCUACCCCUAACUCUAUCGCUACGAGCCAGGCCGUACGGUUCAGCAGUCCCUUUACCCUGCCCAAUGAGGAGACACUUCCUGACAUGGCUGUGCCUAGACCAACCCCUACCCCUAACUCUACCACUACCCCUAACUCUACCGCUACGAGCCAGGCCAUACGGUUCAGCAGUCCCUUUACCCUGCCCAAUGAGGAGACACUUCCUGACAUGGCUGUGCCUAGACCAACCCCUACCCCUACCUCUACCACUACCCCUAUCUCUACCGCUAUCUCUACCACUACCCCUAUCUCUACCACUACCCCUAUCUCUACCGCUAUCUCUACCACUACCCCUAUUCCCGUAUACCCCUCCCUUACCUUCACCCCCGUCCCCAAACCCCGGACGGUGCAGUUGGUCAUGAGGAACGGGAGUGGUCAGGACCUAUGUGGAGUCAGAGGGGUUAAGAAGACAGACCGUCUAACAGGACCACAAAGAGACUGUCUGAAUGGAACUGGACUGUGGCUAGACUGUGAGACUGCACUACGACCCCAGAGUGGCUGUGAGACUGCACUACGACCCCAGAGUGGCUGUGAGACCGCACUGCGACCCCAGAGAGACUGUGAGACCGCACUGCGAACACAGAGUGGCUGUGAGACCGCACUACGACCCCAGAGAGACUGUGAGACCGCGCAGCGAACACAGAGUGGCUGUGAGACCGCACUACGACCCCAGAGUGACUGUGAGACUGCACUACGACCCCAGAGUGGCUGUGAGACCGCACUACGACCACAGAGUGACUGUGAGACCACACUACGACCCCAGAGUGACUGUGAGACUGCACUACGACCACAGAGUGGCUGUGAGACCGCACUACGACCACAGAGUGCCUGUGAGACCGCACUACGACCACAGAGUGACUGUGAGACCACACUACGACCCCAGAGUGACUGUGAGACCGCACUACGACCACAGAGUGACUGUGAGACUGCACUACGACCACAGAGUGACUGUGAGACCGCACUACGACCACAGAGUGACUGUGAGACCGCACUACGACCCCAGAGUGGCUGUGAGACCGCACUACGACCCCAGAGUGACUGGGAGACCACACUGCGAACACAGAGUGACUGUGAGACCGAAGUACAACCCCAGAGUGACUGCGAGACUGCACUACGACCCCAGAGUGACUGUGAGACCGCAGUAGUACCCCAGAGUGACUGCGAGACCGCAGUAGUACCCCAGAGUGACUGUGAGACCGCAGUAGUACCCCAGAGUGACUGCGAGACCGCAGUAGUACCCCAGAGUGACUGCGUGACCACAGUACAACCCCAGAGUGACUGCGAGACCACAGUACAACCCCAGAGUGACUGCGAGACCGAAGUACGACCCCAGAGUGACUGCGAAACCGUAAAAGGACUGUGUCAGCACACACGCACGACUGACCUCCGCACACACAGACGCAACCCGCUCACACACGCUCCUGAGCUGCGUACAGCAACGCCUGUUAAUGAGGAGUCCGGUGUGACGUCCCCGUCGUCCUGUGACUCGGACAUGUCGAUGACAUCAGAGGAAUAUUAUGAGUGCGGGGACUCUCUAUACUGGAGACCUGAGGAGAAAGAGACCCCACACCCUGAGUCUGUCUGUGAUCUACUGGCCAACGAGCUAUACUGGAGACCCGAGGAGAAAGAGACCCCACACCCUGAGUCUGUCUGUGAUCUACUGGCCAACGAGCUAUACUGGAGACCCGAGGAGAAAGAGACCCCACACCCUGAGUCUGUCUGUGAUCUACUGGCCAACGAGCUAUACUGGAGACCUGAGGAGAAAGAGACCCCACACCCUGAGUCUGUCUGUGAUCUACUGGCCAACGAGCUAUACUGGAGACCCGAGGAGAAAGAGACCCCACACCCUGAGUCUGUCUGUGAUCUACUGGCCAACGAGCUAUACUGGAGACCCGAGGAGAAAGAGACCCCACACCCUGAGUCUGUCUGUGAUCUACUGGCCAACGAGCUAUACUGA